ACGGUUUAGGAUAAAUUUAAUCUUUUGAUAUUUAUUAUUAUUGUAAUUGUUGUCUCCUGUGCUACGUGCCGUUACUUUAUUAUACAGUAAAUGGCUUUGCUUUUAUAUUCAUAUAUCAUAAAUGAAUACGUCUAGGAUUAUGAAGGACAAAUAAUUUCUUAUAAUUUUUUACACUUUUUGGUUUAAGUCGUUUCCAUGGAGUUAAAUUGAAUUUUACCAUGAAACAUCGAUAUAUCCUUUAGAUAUCAUUAAAAUGUUUGUAUCUUUUAUGAGAAGAUAUCAAAUUAUGAUUCUCGGCGGUAUAUUUUUCUUUUACCUUGGUUGUUUAUUCACUCUGAGUUUUCUAAGGCUCGAAUGCGCUGAUGCUUUAGCUGCCAAAGAAUUAAGUGAUGCUCAAAGCUCACUGAACAGAAUUGAAUAUGCUGUACUAAUCCUAAGUGGCCCUGAUAAUGAAGUCAAGCGGGAUGCUAUAAGAGCCACAUGGAUGAAAUUAGCAACUAACAUUUUUAUUGAGAAUGGUGAGAAGUUGUACAAGUGGAGUCAUACUUGGACUGAGCAAAAUGUGAUGCCAGAAUUUAUCAAGUUUUAUUUUGUAAUUGGGACUCGAGGACUUAGUGAAACAAAGCUAAUGAGGUUGGACAUGGAAAAUAAGAGAAGUAAUGAUCUGCUAUUACUUGACGGUUUUGAGGACAGUUAUAUUAACCUAGCAACGAAAAUGCUGCACUCCUUGAAAUGGUUAAGCAGUUACUUAAAAAACCUUAAAUAUCUAAUAAAAUGUGAUGAUGACUCCUUUGUGAGAGUUGACCUAAUAAUAAAAGAUCUCGAAGCUUUUGCUCCAGAAAUGAAUGCUCAUGAACUAAAUAAAUAUGUAACCUAUAAGAAAGACCUGCCAUCAUACAAAGGUCUUUACUGGGGUUACUUCAAUGGCCGAGCACAUGUUUUCUUAAAUGGAAAAUGGCAAGAAAAGUCUUGGUUCCUGUGUGACAAAUACUUACCCUAUGCCAUGGGCGGCGGUUACGUCAUAUCGCGCAGCAUUGUCGACUUUAUUGCUAGAAAUGCUGAUUUAUUGGGACAUUACAAAGCUGAAGAUGUCUCUAUGGGCGUGUGGACGGCGUCAUUAGACGGCAUAAACAGAGUCCAUGACGUCAGAUUUGACACGGAAUGGAAGUCAAGAGGUUGCGCAACAAACAUGCUGGUACGACACAAGCAAGCCCCAAGGGACAUGUUCCAACUUUAUAAAACAUUAGUCCACACACAUGGAAACAAACUCUGUGAGACUGAAAUUUCUUUGAUGAAAGCUUAUUUCUAUAAAUGGGAUGUUUCGCCUAGUAUGUGCUGUAACCUUGAUAUUGAUAAUAAUAAGCUUGUUUAAUUAUAACAUUAUUCUCAAUUCCA